GAUUCUUUUCCCAUAUAGGUUAUUACAGAGCAUUGAGUAGAGUUCCUUGUGCCAUACAGUAGGUCCUUGUUGAUUAUCUAUUUUGUAUAUAGUAGGGUGUAUUCCACUCACUUUUCAAUGAGAGAAACUAUCCAGCAAAUCUGGAAUGACUGUGUUGUUUUAUUCAGAACUUAACCCCAAUUGUGAUUUUGAGUUUCACAUCCUCCUUGGGAUGCUCUCUCGUUUCCUGGUAUGCCUCAUGUGGAAUUUAGUUCUCUCGAGUCUAAAUUAUGCAUCAGAAGUUUGUGUGAGCAUCUGAUGACUUCAUUAUCAGUAGUAAUGUACUCGUGUUCCACCAUUCAGCUGCAGUAUUUGAUCUCGUUUUACCAUAAAUUAUUUCCUAGCUGUCCUUUAUGUUAUGGUUUAGGGCAUUGUAUUGUUUUUUUUUUUUUUCUUUUUACAAUUCUCCAUGGAGGUAGCUUGUAUAGCCUAUGAAUUUCAUUUCAGGAGAGUAAAGGAGGUGUUAUAAAAUACUUACUUGCUAUACAAAAGGGACAUUGGGGCUGAUGGAUGAGAACCCUGCUCUCCCAGCUGGCCUCCCCGCAUUCCUCACCCCAGUGGGCCGUCUCCUGUACCCGGUUCAGGGAGCAGCCAGCAGCCCACUCCUGCUCUGGGCGGUCCCCAGCCCCCCAGCCCCUGUCUGCCCCGGGCCUGCAAGGAGCCUCGAGGCUGCUGCUCUGGCACAGCGGACGGAGCCUGGGCCCCUCACUCUGCGGUUGAGCCCCGCAAGAAGGGCUCGUGACCCACUUUCAUGGGGAUCCCAGGGGAGGCUUGGGGUCCAGGCAGUGCUCCAUGCUCCAAAAGCAUCACGUGGAGGCUCUGUUUGGGGUCACAGGCAGCUCAGGGCUGGCUUCUGCCCCUUGGUCAGAGGGGCCAGAGGCCAGGGCCAAGCAUCUUCAGCAAAACCUCUGGGAAUCCCCAGGGGUCUCAGGCCAGAGACCAUCCUCAGAACCACCAACUGCCCUCCCAAGCCCAGUGGGGGCCCCGGGCCAGCCCCCGUACCACUGCUGUCCUCUUGGCCUGAGUGGGUUCUGGGCUGGAGCUGCAGGAAGGACAGUCAGGUGGGGUUACAGGGGCCCCUCGUUCAGCAUGAGAGUGGUGAGAGUUGCGACUCUGCUCUCAGGAGGCGUUUCACCCGGUGCUGUCAGGGUGGGUAGACACCCGGAUGUCACAGGGUGGGGGGGCCUGAAGGUCGCCAGGAACGUGGCUGGAAUCUGCUCGGGGGCCCUGUCCUCCCCCAGCCCAGGCAGAGGCUGCCAAGUUUGGGCCUAUCCUCUCCUCCUGUCCUUAUUUGGUGCGCUCCAGGUGAUAAGGCUGAGACAUAAAGGGGGCUGUGGGCCCCUCGCAGCAACCAGGCUGCUGCAGAGAGAGACGAUGGUGAGUGCCAGGUGGGGGGGACUCAAGGCCAGCGGCCCCCCAGGUGCUGUCCUUUGGGCUGGGGGAGCGAAGCCAGUGACUUCUGUGCUUGUGUUGGGCCCGGAGAGACGGUCUCCAGGGACAGGAAGAGGACCCUGACCCGGGCUCUCCCGGGAAUGCUCUGGGGAGGUCCGUGGCAGGGAGUCCUCGGGGAGCUGGGGAGAGGACCCCUCCGCUCCCACUGUGUUGCAGGCCAGCAGGAAGGCGGGGACCCGGGGCAAGGCUGCGGCCACCAAGCAGGCCCAGCGAGGCUCUUCCAACGUCUUUUCCAUGUUUGAGCAAGCCCAGAUCCAGGAGUUCAAGGAAGCCUUCAGCUGCAUCGACCAGAAUCGUGACGGCAUCAUCUGCAAGUCGGACCUUCGAGAGACCUACUCGCAGCUAGGGAAGGUGAAUGUCCCAGAAGAGGAGCUGGAUGCCAUGCUGCAGGAAGGGAAGGGGCCCAUCAACUUCACUGUCUUCCUCACACUCUUUGGAGAGAAGCUCAACGGGACAGACCCCGAGGAAGCCAUCCUGAGCGCCUUCCGCCUGUUUGACCCCAGUGGCAAGGGCGUGGUAAACAGGGACGAGUUCAAGCAGCUUCUCCUGACCCAGGCGGACAAGUUCUCUCUGGCCGAGGUGGAGCAGAUGUUCGCCCUGACGCCUAUGGACCUGGCCGGGAACAUCGACUACAAGUCCCUGUGCUACAUCAUCACCCAUGGGGACGAGAAGGAAGAGUGAGCCCGAGGCGCUAGCGGCUGGGACUCAGGGCCGGCCUGUGGGGACACCUCAAUAAACGCUGUUUCCGAAUUA